CGGCCAAUGGAAAUAAGGCGGGUUAUGAAUAAUUAAUGAGCGCCAAUGUUGUUCUAGUUCAGGCAUUGAGAGGAAAAACUAUUAAAGCUACGUUUUGAGCUGAAGGUCGGAAAUAAUGGCGACGGCUAUUUACCUCGAACACUACCUUGACAGCAUUGAAAACCUGCCUUGUGAACUCCAGAGAAACUUCACCCUGAUGCGAGAACUGGACAGCAGAACAGAGGAAAAGAAAGGAGAGAUUGAUAAGCUUGCAGAAGAGUACAUCACAAAUGUGCGGAACCUUGCAUCCGAGCAGAGGGUGGAGCACCUGCAGAAGAUCCAGAGCGCCUACAGCAAGUGUAAAGAAUACAGCGAUGACAAAGUGCAGCUUGCCAUGCAGACAUAUGAAAUGGUUGACAAGCACAUCCGGAGACUGGACGCAGACCUGGCGCGCUUUGAGAAUGAGUUAAAGGAAAAACUUGAUGUUGGUGGCUAUGAGAGUCCAGACAGUAGAGCACUCAAAAAAGGAGGUGGAAGAGGGCUUAAGGAAAAGCGAGGACCUAAAGGCAGAGGAAGAAAAUGCUCAGAUGAUGACUCACCUCGAAAGAAAAAAAUGAAAAACAGCCCUGAAUUUUCUGAAUCCCUCUUACCCGUACACCCAUCGGAUGUCUUAGACAUGCCAGUCGACCCCAACGAGCCCACAUACUGUUUGUGCCACCAAGUGUCAUAUGGAGAAAUGAUCGGCUGUGACAACCCAGAUUGUCCAAUUGAGUGGUUUCACUUCGCUUGUGUGGACCUUACGACAAAACCCAAAGGGAAAUGGUUUUGUCCGCGGUGCACCCAGGAUCGGAAGAAAAAAUAAAAUUUCAAAUUAUAUAACUUUUAUA